AUGUCGUUUGAAGGCACAAAGCAGUUCAAUGUCAUAAACUCCUACUUCAUCGGGCCCAAAGCGGCCAAUUUGCCUGACUUCAGAGCGAACAUCAACACCAUUCUUGAUGAAUUGCUCGAGGCCCGCAUGGACUAUUGGCCUGCAGACAAUCAUCGGAAAUUCAUCCCCAAAGAUGUCCGCACGUCAGAAGAGUUCCGUCGGGUCAGAGACAAUGUCAGCGAUGCCGUCCGAAAGGUCGCAGCCCUGAUGGGGAAGCACUCGGUGCCGUUCUGGUCUCCCCGGUAUCAGGGCCACAUGUGCACCGACUUGACCAUGCCGUCCAUGUUGGGGUACUUUAUGACCAUGAUCUACAACCCAAACAAUGUUGCCCUUGAAGCUAGUCCCAUUACCACCGUCGCGGAACUCAAGGUCGGACAGCAGCUGUGUGAGCUGUUUGGAUACAACAUCAAGGAUGAGCCUUUACCGUGGGGCCAUAUCACCUGCGACGGUACAGUGGCUAAUCUGGAGUCCAUCUGGGUCGCACGAAACCUCAAGUUCUACCCUCUCGCUCUGAAAUGGGCCAUCGAAAAGGGAAAACUGCAGUUCAUCAAGGACGAAUUCAAGGUGCAUCCGUGCUCCAGUGACCUAAAGAAUCCCAACGAAAAAGAGUUGUUCGUCAAAAUGGACAACUGGACGCUUCUUAAUCUGCGCCCUGAAACUGUCCUCGGAUUGCCAGAGGCUCUGGGCAAAGAAUUUGGCAUUUCCACCCCGUUCCUCGAGUCUGCCUUGGAGGAAUAUAACAUCCAGACGGGUGGACGGGGGCCGUUGGAGGAGUACCACAAACUUCCCAAGGAGAUGAAGGAGAUGAAAUACCUGCUAGGAACCACUCGCCACUACUCGUGGCCCAAGGGACUUGCAAUUGCCGGAAUUGGAUCAGGAAACCUCACUGAAAUCGAGGUUGACCUCAACGCCCACAUCAACAUCAAGAAGCUGGACGAGCAGCUGCAUACAUAUGCCAAAAAGAAAAUCCCCGUCUAUGCAGUAGUUGCCAUUAUUGGAUCUACCGAAGAAGGUGCUGUCGAUCGUCUCUCGCAAAUUGUUAAAAUUCGAAAGACGCUACAGGAGAAAUACGGCAUGUCGUUCCUCAUCCACGCCGAUGCCGCCUGGGGAGGCUACUUUUCCACAAUGAUCGACAAAGAGCACCCGGAGCUGAUCGGAAAGGAAACAAAGUACCGUAACUUCAAGAAAGGUCCAGUGCCUGCCUUGACCUUGAAAAAGGACACCGAGGAGGACCUCUUUGCCCUUAAAGAUGCGGAUUCCAUCACUGUUGACCCGCACAAAGCUGGAUAUGUUCCGUACCCUGCUGGAAGUCUGGUGUACCGUGAUGGUCGAAUGAGGCAUCUGGUAACAUGGUCCAGUCCGUACCUAUCCCAGGGAUCGUCUGAAAAUAUUGGUGUCUAUGGUGUCGAGGGCAGUAAACCUGGAGCUGCAGCCAUGUCGACGUGGCUCUCCAACAAGACCAUUGGACUUGAUCCACAUGGCUACGGAAUGCUGCUGGGUGAGGCCGCAUUCACAAGUGCCCGGACCGUUGUCCAUGGUGUGGAGCAGGAAACGCCCAUAUAUAACAAAGACUUCAUCUGCGUUCCCUUCAACAGGCUCAGAUGCGAGAAAGAUGAUGGAAAGCCAUUCAGCUCCCCCGAGUUCGAAGAAGAGAGAAAUUGGAUUCGAGAACACAUCCUGGGCAAAGAAAACGGUGAAAUCAUGAAGAAUAACGAUGCUAUGGAGAGACUGCGUGAGUUGGGGUCUGAUCUCAACAUCAACGCCUUCGCCCUCAAUUGGUACUAUGAGGAUGGCACACUCAACACCGACCUGGAGGAGGCCAACUACCUCAUGAAGAGAGUCGUUGACAGACUGUCUAUCAUUUCCGCCGAUACCGAUCCAUCCCAGAUCCCAUUGUAUCUAACCUCGACCAAGUUUGAGCCCAAGUUGUACGGAAAAUGCGCUCAGAACUUUAUGAGCAGACUGGGGGUCAAGCCUUGCAAGCAGGAUCUGUUUGUUCUGCGCAAUGUCGUCAUGAGCCCAUUCCCAACUCAGCAGAACUUCAUCGGUGAGCUGAUGGAGUGCUUUGAGGAGGUUGUCAGAGACGAAGUCAAGAACUGCCGCAAGCGUAACAGCAAAGAUGCACACGAUGCCAAGUUCAUCAUCAGGGGAACCAAGCAAGUCUAUCUCGACCUUCAAACCUCGUUCCACACUGCGACUCUCCGGCAGCAGCUUAUUGUUGCUGCAGACCUCCUCGGGAACCUGAAGGCUCACUAUGACUCCCUGGUGGAUGACAAGCCGGAGGAAACAAUGAUCCUAGAGGCUGCUGAAAAGAUCGAUCUAAAGGCUAUGAUCGGUGAUCUUAGUACGGCGCAAUUCAAGGUCAAGGUUUAUAGCAAGGAAAAUCCGGCAUCCUUCAAGGAAGGAGAGGUCAAGUUAACCAAGAUCGUCAAGAGCCGACCCCUCAACACCCUCAACCGAGACACUGACUAUCCUGAAAACAACACGCCUUUCUAUCUCUACGGUGUCAAGAAUGAACCAGAGGAAGUACUGGGAGGAGAGCAACAAGAGCCACCGGAAGCACACGUCUCUCACAUUCUCCUCAAGGCUCCCAACAUCGCCUUGUCCGCCAACGGUGUCACCUUCGACCCCCCGCUUGAUUCUGACACCAAGAAUGAACUCCCCAACGGAUUGAUUCUAACCCUUUCCAAAUACCCCGAAGCAGCAAUGCAGCCCUUCCCCAGCAGUAACAAAGACCUGCCACCAUCCUUCUUCUUCCGAAGCAACAGGAAGUAUGACGUUAAGGUCUGGAAAGAUCCCAAAGCCGCUGAGGCUGAGGGUCCCGGCCUGUUGAAGGAUUUGGAGAACCCAGACAACGGUCCAAUGUACGAGGGUAAAAUGACUCUCGGUCUGGACGUGGAUGUUGAUGCGGCCGGGCCCAAUUUAGACAAGAUCGACGCCGACAAGAAGCUAGAUUGCACAAAGUGGCAGAAGGAACUGGACAGCAUUGGCAAUGUCCUUAACGGCAAUCAUGUGGAUUCGCGUCACUAAAUGGGUUAUUGUUGAUUCUGUUUUUAGCUAGCAUGGUAUAUUAUGAGUCGUUC